GAAUCACCGAAGCGCUUGAAAUUAUACCCCAAACGCAAAAUUAAUGUAGAUGGUCGGCAGCAAUAGUUAUAUGACAAUUUUUCUCGUGAUUUUUGAGUUUAUUAUGUACUGUUUAAUAAUCUGCAUGGUAAAAAUGUGCUUGUUGAUCGGUGACGUUUGAUCACGUGGUGCUAAGUCUAAAACUCAUUUCAAUGUGUGGAUUUUGAAGGAUAAACUACACAGCAMAAUGAACGACACACAAGUGCAGUGGAUCGGUUCAAGUUGUGGACGGCAUGGAUCAUAUACGUUCUACAAGGGGUUUAAAAUAAAUUCUCGUGGAAAAGAAAAAAGCUAUUGCCUUGGCGAGUUCUACUUCGUCAGAAAUUCAGAAGAUCGUCCGAUCUGUAUAGCAGAACUACAACUCAUUUGGCACGACGCAAGUAUUGAUAGUAAACUCGCUUCCGCAAGAUUGUAUUUCAAACCCGAAAAUACUCCAUUAGGCAGGCAUUCAAUACAUGGAAAGGAUGAGUUGUUAUAUGCAGACCAAAAGGUCAUAAUAAAAUGUGAAGACAUGGCACAGUGGGAAUGUUCAGGGUCUUCGUGGACAACAGGAUUAAUACCUACAUUAGAAACAGACUUUGUACCCAUGAAAGAUGUCUGUAUCGAUAAAUAUACUGGAAAACCAGAGAACAAGUAUAGACUACAAAAUACACCUACUACAGAUGAUACUCCUACGGAGAAGAUCAUUAUUCUUACUUUUCAAGCAUAUUGUCGCUAUAUAGCACUACAAAAGAGACUGCUUACUGGAAUAACCGUUGCAAAAUCUGAAAUAACAUCACUAGGGGGUAUUAUUGCACCCAGUAAAUCUACCAAGAUUGUUUUCUGUAGAGAUUGUUUUAGCUGUCCAGAUCUUGAUCAGUUUCAUUUAUCUGGGGAACAUAAAGCUCCAGUACUGAAGGGCAGACCGAGAAAGAAGAAGAUCAGAAGCUCAACGCUUGCUAAGGAACUCAAACGAAAAAGAUUUCUUGCGGAUUUGGAACGUGUCAAGAAAAAUUUACCUUCUAAGAAAAUAAAGUUGUCUGAAAGUGAAGAGGGCACAGAGUCAGAUCUCUCUGAGGAGAGCUCUAAGUCAUAUGAAAGUAUGGACGAAGAUAAGCCUUGCGUUGCUGUUGAAACCCCACUAAACAAGAUAAGACAGCCGAAUGGUUUCUUGCAUAUGAAAAUAAAACAGGAGGCCAAAGUUAUAAGCAUCAGCGAAAAUGAAUUAAAGAACACUAUACCACCUCCUCUCGUACCAACAUCAAAAGUAAAACUAGUUCCUGCCUUACCACCACCAUUACAGAAAAUCAUCAAAAUUCAAACUGAAUCAUCCGUGGUUCCUAAGGUCGAUGCGGGACCUCCUCCUCUCUAUCCUGCUGCAGUGCAGAAAAUAGAAAGUGUCAAGAAGACAAGUCAAUCGGUCCCAAGGUUGUUACCUCGAGUAGAUGUUCCUGGCAAUAACCGAAUGCAAGGGAAUGAGAUUUCUUCGUCUUCUUCCAAGGCGUAUACAGCCAUUAAAAGUCGUAGUAUUGGAUUGGCAUCCUCUAGUGCGUCACCGACUACGACCGGGACUAAGCCCGAAAUGUCUACGUGUAACGGGAUGAAAUCUGUUGAUCCACUUUGUAACACGGGCAAACAGACGCUAGUGGAUGGUAAGUCGAGCAGGGUCCAGCCUUCUGAUGACAUGAAAAUGGAAGGCAAGGAGAACCAGCAGGACAGUAACAAGGCAGAUGUGAUGAUCAAGACUAAGAAGAAAAGGAUCAGGCAACCUUGUAACGUAAAAGAACUCAAUGAGGAAUUUGCCGACGAAGAUGAGAAAUAUUUCAUGCGAUCUUUGCGUGAGUUUAUGAAAUCGCGAGAUACCCCAAUAUCAAAGAUACCAGCACUAGGAUUCAAGCGAGUUAAUCUAUGGACAAUGUAUAACACCGCACAGAAGCUUGGCGGUUAUGACAUGGUAACAUCCAAGAGGCUUUGGCGUCAAGUAUAUGAUGCAUUAGGAGGUAGUACCACCAUCACUAGUGCCGCUACUUAUACACGACGACAUUACGAGAGGCUGCUACUUCCAUAUGAAACCUACGUACGGAGUCAGUUGAAUAAUAAAAAAGGUCUUCCUGAGCAAACCCAACUUCCAAACACCAGCAGUGGCCAAGACAGCACCUCUAAAGGGCAUCCAAUCAACAGCACCAACCAAGCCGGUACGACUACCAUAGACGAAAAUAACUCAGUUACAAAGGAUAGCAAGACGCAGAGUAGCCAUGACAAUCAACGCGGUACUGAUAGCCAACCAAUAACAGCCACAUCCAAUAAUAACAACAGUACACUUGCUAGUCUUAAGGCAUCAAACGAUAAUACGGAUCUUAUUAAGCAGUCUGGGUCAACCAAGGCGAACGCACCCGUUACCACCGAUAGUAAGUUACUCAUAAAGAACAAUAUUUCACGUCAUAGUGCCAGUAGCUCAGUGGUCAAGGUAAAACCUAACGGUGUGAUAGCCCCGUAUUCUGUAAGCGUUCAAAAUAUUAAGAAAAACAAUGUCACUUCAUCUUCAUUUGUCGUCGUCACGAAAUCCAUCAACGAUCAAUCAGCACCUUUAAUUCGAAGUUCUACCAUCGCAUUGCCAAAAACGUCCUCUGCAUCUACAUUGAUUAAUAAGCUUGAUACCCAUGGGUCAUCGAACGUGAUCCAAAACGGCACGACUGUGACACCAAGAACAACAGCACAUGAAUCAGCAUCAUCGCAUUCCUCGCGUACAAUUAUCAUCAAAACACCAGUGAAGAACCCAACACCUGAGACUUAUCCCUUGUCUAUCAAACAUGAAGCGGUUAAAGUCGUUCAAGUGCAAAACCCACAAAACCAUUCAAUUGGACCGCCUCAGCAACAGGUCAGCGUGACAUCUCCCAAAAUUUACCUCCCACAGAAGCAGUCUUCUCAGAGUAAUACUAGCAAAGAAAAUGUUGGUCAUCGUGUGAAUUACAUGACUAAAAGUGGUCAUCCCGUGUCAAAUGAAGAAGGGCGUACUUUCGCUCGAGAAAAAGCAUACGAGCCAGAAAAGCGUAGUAGUGAACCCACUCGUACUGCUGCACAGAAUAGCUCGAAUCACAAGAGAGAACUCAAGCACGUGGGAGAACCAAUUUAUCAAGAUCACACUCCCCAUCACCAAACUGGUAACGUACGGGACUCGCGCACUUAUGAAGCCAGCUCACAGCAAAAUAUCGGAAGAUCUUCCAACAAGCGAAGAGCGCAGAAUGAUUUUAUAGCAAGUGAUGAAAUGAAAAGAAAAAUCCCAGAUGAAGGUUUCCCUCAUAGAGUAGUUUGCCAUAAUCAAGGGGAGCCCAUAGCAAAGCGAAGGAAGACACCAAGUCCUUCUUUAACGAAGGUCACAAAUCAACCGCAAGACGUCAUUCAAGAUGUUACUACACAGUCUCACGGUACGUGUCAUCUUGCUUACCGUCAGAAUGAUGCUAUCUAUUCAUCCUGCCACACAAUCAAGGCACAUGACGAUGGAUGUGGUAAGCUUUAUAAUGCCCAUGCAGGUUUUAACCAAGGAAUUCAAAACGAAAGAAAAGUUUCGCAUCUGGAACAGAUUCCCGUCCAACAAACAAACUUCCAAAAAGAAGUUGUUGACUUGACUGAAAGUAGCGUAGCUAAAACGUCAGCUAGCGAUCCCAUUGCUUAUCCAAAACCUUCAAAGUCUCCUUCGUACACGAGGAUUACACAUACAAAACAGCAGUAUUUAGUAGAAGAUUCUUGUCAAAGAACUGAACCACGUCUCUAUGGAAAUGUGCAUAACACACGCGUGAACCAAAGUAAGAAUUUAACUGCAUCACUUGGUCAUCCUGAAGAUAAACAAUCUAAAGAUUCUCAUUUAUCACGUGGACACUACAAAGAAACCUACCCUAAUCCACAACAUAACUUCAGGCUAGUGGAGGAAGUAAAGCUACCGAUGAGCGUUGAACGUAAGCAAAGCAAAGUAAAAGUUGAACAAAAUCAAUUGAACUCGGAAGUCCAUCGGACUAUUACUCAUCGUACAUUUGCUGAGAGUCCCGAUGAACACUUUCAAGAAUGGCGACGAAGACAGGGAAUGACGCAAUACCCCGCCUAUAUAACUGUAAACCAAAAUGAACAAACAAGACGUUCAAGUAUAACAGAACAACCAGUAACAAUGUGUCCUCAUACCCCUCCAAUUGAAUCAAGGUACCUCUACGUACAGGAGAAUGGUGCCAUGCAUCCUCGGGUAAUAGAGGAGGUUCCUCUAAUCCUCUCGUCCAAGCCUGGAAUGUACUAUCAGGAAGAUUCCUUCUAUAGUGGGGUGCCAUUUUAUCACGGAGGAUGGAACACUGCAGGCGUCGCUGAUGGAGUAACAUUCAAAGGGGAUCCAGAGACUAUUAGCAACAACAGUCACCUCAGAAGUUCGUCUUGUAUUUUUAUGCCAACUUCUCAAAUGUUUGGAUCAGCUGUACCCAUAGCUCCUUUAUCACCGCCAGUACUAAACCAAGAUAACGUGAUGUCUGGACAGGAAACAGUCAGUAUCCAUCCCCAUUUACUGAUGACUUCUUCAUACUCUCAUAACCACCAAAUGGUUUCUCAAAAUCCUACACGUCCUUUGCAUUCCUAUACUUAGGCAUAAAGCGGUUUGUAGAAAUAUCAUGCAUUUGUUCUGUUUUGAAAAUAUGUCAAGACCCAAAAACAUUUCGCAAGCCGUAUGUGUACAUUUUUUAUACAGUCAAUGUCAUUAACGUUGUCCACCGAAAAGAGACAUGUACACAUUUAGGCUAAAAGAUAUAUCACGUGUUUCAUUAUGUAUUCUUUGCCUCGUGUGCGUCAGCCUGAACUUUAAAUGUAAAAUUCAAAACUCGUGAAUCCAAAAUCCAGAAUGCCCUGACCAUUU